CUGAGUCUAUAAUUCAUGAUAUGGUGGGACCAAAUUGGCAAGAAAGGUGGUUCUACUGGAAAUCACGAUCUCAGGAACAGCACAUUAGAAAUGAAACCAAAAGUGAAUUGGAGCGAUUGUUAAAGAUUAAUGAAGAUCACACAGCUUAUCUUGCCAACGAUGAAGUCACGACAGUUCGUAAAAAUCUGGAAGCAAAAAAUGUAGAUGUGGACACCAUUCUGAUUAAAGAUACUUGGCACCAAGUUUACCGAAAACACUUCUUGAAGAAAUCACUGAAUCAUUGUAAUCUUUGUAGAAGAGGUUUCCACUAUUACCAAAGGCAUUUUGUUGACUCUGAGCUGGAUUGCAAUAAUGUUAUCCUGUUCUGGCGUAUUCAACGAAUGCUAGCUAUUACAGCAAACACACUCCGCCAACAGCUAACAAAUACUGAAGUGAGACGUCUUGAAAAGAAUGUAAAGGAAGUGUUGGAGGACUUUGCUGAAGAUGAUGCUAAAAAGGUUCAGCUGCUGACAGGAAGGAGAGUUCAACUAGCAGAAGACCUCA